GAAAGAGUCGCCAUCUUGGCCAACUGGGGGGUGGUUACACCACAUGGGACACCAAUUAGAGGCAACUGGGAGAAACUGGUGCGCACAGGACAGCCAUGUUGGCCUGGUUCUAAGCUGCUCAGGGUUGGCGAUACAGCAGCCAUCUGGAGAGUCAUGCCAAGACAUGGCUCCAGCCUGACCAGCUCCUGGCGCCCUCCCCUGGGUCACACCCUGCAUCCCCGAGGAGAUGCCGGCAACGGGGGCAGCCGUAGAGCCCUUCUGCCUCCUUCUCCUGCUGCUGAGACCCACCAUGGAGGGAGAGGUAUCCGUGGCUGUGGGGGCUUCGGUGGAGCUGCCCUGCCCUGUGCGGCGCCACCUGGGGGCCGGGGAACAGCUGUUGUGGCUGUAUCGCAAUGAUAGCCUAGACCUAACUGUGGCUCAGCGACUCCCAGCUCCGGGGCUUGGAGGGGACCAGGUCCGGCUCUCCCUCCUCCCCAGCCAGUCUCUGCUGCUGCGAGAGGUCCAGGUUGGGGAUGCUGGAACGUACUGGUGCACACUGGGGAGAACGACGGUAACCGGCUACGAGCUGCGCGUGGUGGCAGUACCGAGGUCCUCCCAGUGCCCCGAACCCCAGAGCCAGGAUCCUGGGGUCUGUGACACCCUGUGGGCCCCACUGGCUGCCUGUGUUGCUGUGGAAACCCUCCUCCUCCUCGCCAUGGGGGCAGCACUGUGGAGGCAGAGACACCAGGGCCGCAGGGCGGCACCUCCGGCCCUCUUGUUUCAGGCCCCGCCAGGCCCCCUGGAAUCUAAGGGCGAUGCCAGGCUCUACGAGAACAUGGGGCCCUGAUGGCCCCUCCCAGGGGCGGGGUUCCACCCACCUGGCCACGCCCCCAGCACUAGCCCUGCCCCAUCAGAAGCCAUGUCCCCAUGCCCAGCUCCAUCCCCUAAGCUCACCCCUGUGAAGGCCCUACCCUUAGCUCCGUCCCUUCCCAGCCCCGGCCCUGCCUAAGCCCCACCCCCAGUUGCACCCCCUCCCAUCUCUGCUCCUUGCUCAGACCUAAC